AUGAAACCAUUCCUUCUCCUCCUCUCUUUAUUGUUCCUUAUUGGAACUGUUCAUGGCAAUACACGCUAUGAGACGGAUGAACUGACUGGCCACGUCGAGUCCAGCCGUGAAGAAAUUCUGUCCACUCGCAAACUCCGAAAGCAACAGUUUGCGGACCUCUUGGCGGGAUAUGAAACACAAUUGGAAGACCAUAACUCUGGUGAAACUCUUUUGACUGAAAAACAGUACAAUAAAGUCCUACAUAAGAUCAAGGCAUACAAGCACAAGUUGCAAGAAUUGGACUUGGAUGCAGACCCAAGAUUUGUGGACCGAAUAGUGGCAAGAGAGGCUCACUUGAAUGAAGUUACAAGAGCCAGAAUCUUGCGUCGCAGUUCCGGUGCAGACGAGUUGUAA